AUGUCACUUAAAAACAUUUUACAAAAUGGUUUCGCAAUUGAAACACAGUCUGACGAACCGGAAGAAAUUAAAAACUCUCUUAGAUUCGAGGUUCCUCUGAAAAAAGAAAAUAACAUAGUAUAUUUUCCAUACUUAGUAAAUCCUCCAAAGGCAAUUAACGCUCAAACAAGCAUAACAGAAUGUGACAGUUAUAUGGAAGACGAAAGUGCUUUAGAAAAUUUAAUUGUCGCUGAAACAGCGAAUUUCUUAGAUCAUUUGGCAAAUGAAAAAAGACCAGAUCCAAAAUUUUAUGCGAUAACAAGAUUAGGAACCACACCAGGUCUAUUUGGAGCCGGUGUCUCGAAUCCACCAGAAAAUAUUCAAAAAAUCUUUAAAGGAAAUUCUAUAAUUAGUCAGCCACCGACUGAAAUUAUAAGUAAUCAAUCUAGCAAGACUACUAAAUCGAGAACACGAAAGAAUGGUAAUUUAUCAACGAAACCAAAAAGUAAAAAACCUAAGUUGGAGGAUAAACAAACUAUAAAUAACGAAUAUGAAAUGAGUAUAGAUGAAGAACCUAUUAAAGAUCCGGUAAAAAGUCAUUUAAAAGUAUCGGAAUCAAAGCCAAAGAAACGAGGUUUAAAAACUAAAAUUUCUGAUACGAGCAAAAUUUCUAACAAAGAAUCUGCAUCAUUGGAAGUACAAAGACUUAUACAAAAACAUAAACGUCGCAAAGAAAGGAAGAGAAUUAAGGAUGGUACAACUAAUAUAGUCGGCUCAUCAUUAAAAAAUGCUCCUUUAACGAAAUCAAUCAAAAAUUUUAAAAAUUUUGAAGAUUCCUCUUCGAUGAUUAAUAGAAGAAUUAAAAUUUGGAAGCUUAAACGUGAACUAAAGAAUGACGAGAAUCGCAUAAUUGACGAAAUUCGGCCAAGCCGGCUAAACUUUUAUCAGCUUAGUCCAGCUGGUAAAUGUUUAAUGGUCGGUAUCACUAAGUUCACUACCUUCAAUAUUUCUAGAAAUUUGACUCCAAUAACUAAAUAA